AUGCGGACUGUACGACUAGGAGUCAUUGUGCCCUCGUCAAAUACUGCCCUGGAGCCGCUGACAAAUGCAAUCGUCUCGUCGAUACCUUCGGAGAAUCUAACGAUCUCGGUGCACUUUUCUCGGUUUCGUGUCACCACGAUCGAUCUCACUCCAACGGCGAGCGCUCAAUUCGUGUUUGAGCCCAUAUUGGCCGCUGCCAGGCUGCUAGCGGACGCCAAUGUCGAUGUGAUUGGCUGGAGCGGCACAUCGGCGGGUUGGCUGGGCUUCGACCACGAUGAGAGACUGUGCGCUGCCAUCGAGGCCGACACGGGCAUCAAGGCCACAACGUCUGUCCUCGCACUCAACGCGCUCAUGCGCAGCCUCGGUGUGACCUCGAUAGGGCUGGUGACUCCGUACAUCAAGGGUAUGAACGAUGCGAUACGCGCUAAUUACGCGGCCAUUGGGAUAGACAUCAGCGCGAACUGGGAGCGCCAUCUGGGCAUCACGGACAACAAUGAGAUUGUGCGCGUCGACGAGAGCACUCUGGACGAGAUGGUCGUAAACGUGGCCGCCAACGGCGCGCAAAUCCUCACAACAUUCUGCACCAAUCUCCGGGCAGCUCAGCGCGUCGAGUACUGGGAGAAGUCGCUGAGGGUUGUUGUGCUGGAUUCUGUCAGUACGACGGUUUGGGGAAUGCUGAAGGUGGUUGGGGUAGACACGCGGCUUGUCAAGGGAUGGGGGUUUAUGUUUGAAGUUGACUGA